AGAAUAUCGCAAGAUUCAGUUCGCUGCGUUGAAGGGUCAUUUAGAGCACCGUCUUCUCGAGCAAAGAUUCCUUUUCGAAUCGUGAGCUCGUUGAGGAAAGAAUGCCAUGCGGAAGGCCAAAGAUGAUCGUUUCAAGAUCACGACGCAUCAUUUUCGCAUCAGUAUCGAGGAGGACGACGAAAAGGAAGAAGAAAAUUCAUCCAGAGACAGCGACAGGAGGAUCUCCAUAACUAUCGAGGCCGAUUCUGGAUUAGUAUUAAACCAAGAAAAUGCGAUCGAAGAUGGUAAAAGUGUCGAAGACCCACAAGGCGUGGAUAUCGAAUACGAAAAAUGCGGUGAACGCGUGCGGAGAACGCAGAGUCACGAGUCUAAGGCCUCCAGCGAUUCCAGAGAAGCCUCCGACCCCGAAAAUGUGGUUCCCAGACCGAGCGACUUUGAUUCCGUGCCGGUUGAAAACGCGCAGAGGAUGGAUACAGAGAGAUUCGAGAUUCUGUAUUCCAGAAGAUACUCGAUGGAAAGCAGAAAGUCCAUCAAGGACCAGAGUUUCCUUCCCUCUGCAAAUCCGGACUAUUCUCUGGAAGCGGCUGCAAUUUACGAGCCCGAAAUUGCAGAACUUUCCGGAGAGACAAACCCAACCGUGAUAAGUACGGAGAUACAAGAGAACAUUGUAUUGGCUCAGCCGAACGUGAAUCCUCCAGCUGCAUCUCCACUGCUGCUGCGAAGGCGUUACAAGAUCAUGUCCACAUUUUCGAAGUCCUCUAAUUUGACCGGAAGCUCCUCGUGUCUGAAGGACGAAGACGAUUCUCGGGAAGAUCAGAAGACACCCAGAAGACAGACUCUGCCUCUGGUUGGAAAGAACCAGCCUCCGACUCCUACGUAUGAAACAAUAAUUUCGGGAACCGGUGUGAAUCCCAUCAGGAGAUCCAGCAUAGCGAACGCCGCCAUCUGCUCGAGUCUAGCGCCGAGUCUCGUCAGCGCGUACCCAGGUAUACCGAACUGUCUGCUACCUGGUGAAAACGAAUCACCAAAGAACGAAGAACCUGGAACGAGCGGCACGAAUGGACGAAGGAUUAAGUUACCCUUCCUUCGACUUCAUAUACCGCAACCUAACGGCUGGGAGGAGGACAGAUUUAACAAUCAUCAUUCCUAUUAUCAUCACCAUCAUCAUCAUCAUCAUCAUCACGUGUUCCCGCAUUUUCACGUACCCACGAUCACCUUUACUGCGCCAGCCACCGAUGGUGAAUCUGGCCGCAAGUUCAACUUCGGAAUUCGCAGACAGUCGCAGCCGGUUAGUCUGGACUCAGGACUCGAGUGAUUUUGUUUGGUGUGAGCUGUUGUUUAUUCUUUCUUUUGGAAGCAAUGCUGGAAUUGUGGAUUGGUAUUAACAUUUUGGUGGAGAAACAUUGAGUGCAAUUUGGACGGGGGGAGAACCUUGAGAACUUGAGGUCUUUGGGGAAAUGAUUUUAAGAGCCUUCUUGGGGUUUAUGAGGAUAAGUGGGUUUUGGGUAGAUUUUACUAAUUUAUGUUCUUUUUAAAUUCUUUUUAGUGAAGAUUUUAGGGUUUAUAGUUUUUCCUGAGAUCAAGGCUU